AUGGUUGAGCUUCAGUCCAUCUUUCGAAAAGCUUACUGGUCGCUAGCGGCCGGUGGCCUGUUCUAUGUGCUUGUCGUCUAUGCGCUCACAUAUCCGGUAGUCCAACGCUUUGCACUUUAUGUUCACAAAGUGAAUCCUACCCGAUGGCAGGACAUCAACCUUGUUGAGUCUUUCGGUUUCCUGAAAACGCAAGUCCAACCAUUCAACCUGGUAACUCCCGACAACGAGACCUUGUACGCAUGGCAUCUGCUUCCCCUGCCACUGUGCAAGGAACACGAAGAUGACCUGCAUGAGAACGAACGAUACGGCCCAGCGGAGGACUAUACCAAGACCUCUGCAUUCAAGCUACUCGCUAACGACCCCAAUGCGAGAGUCGUUGUCAACUUCCACGGCAAUGCCGCCCACCUCGCCUCCGCCCAGCGACCAGACAUCUACCGGCAACUUCUCGGACUAUCGACCCCGUCCCAUCCCGUGCAUGUCUUCGCCCUGGACUACCGGGGCUUCGGCCUCUCGACCGGCUCUCCCACCGAAGAGGGCCUCAUCACCGACGGCGUAGCGCUCCUCAACUACCUCACCGCCGGCCCGCUGCGAAUCCCGCCGUCGCGCAUCGUCAUCAUGGGCCAGAGCCUGGGGACCGCCGUGACCGCCGCCGUGGCCGAACGCUUCGCGUUCGGGUCCUCCGACCCAACGGCCAUUCAGCCCGCCCUCAAGAACCCGGAGCCCUUCGCCGGCGUGAUCCUCCUUGCCUCCUUCAGCAACGUCCCGAGCCUCAUUGACUCCUACAGCGUGAAGGGCAUCACCCCGCCCAUGCUCGCGCCCCUCUCCGCCUACCCCGGCAUCAAGGACUACGCGAAGCGCCAGAUCGUCGACCGCUGGGAUACCGCUGCCCGGGUUGCGCGGUUGUCGGGCGUCAACAGCAACAGCAGCAGCGGCAGCAGCAGCAGCAGCACCGGAAAACCGGCCCCAGCGUAUGCCGAGCAAGGGCUGAAUCUGUUCAUCGUGCAUGCAGCCAACGAUGUCGAGAUUCCCUGGCAAGAAGGCCGGCGCGUCUGGGCCGCGGCCACGGGAGAAGCCGUCGAGAACAGCCCCGGAGAGAUUGUGGUGUCGAACAAGGACGACUCCGGUGGACCUAAUGAGGUCCAGAUCUGGGAGAGCAGUUCGGCUAAGCACUCUGCCGUGGUCAAGAGGGUUCGAUGGGAACGUGUUGCGUAUGGAGGUCAUAAUCGCGUCGCGACGUUCUCGGUCGCCGCCUUGGCUGUCCUGAGAGCCUUCGAUGGCUGA